UGGUUCGACUGUCGUAGGAACGGUGUUGGUUCUGGUAUUUAUCGUUGACUGGCAGGCAAGCAGCUCUGGCAGGCAAGCAGCUCUGGCAGUGAACAGUUAAAUGCCUCAGCCAACAUCUGCAUGCUGUUGCAGUGAAAAUGACUCAUUUGGCCGAUUCCCGGGUACUCACUAACAAACGUAUGCCUGUGAUUUGAGAGCAAAAGAUGCAUAAUGGAUACUUCUUCAAAGUUGAAACCCAGGAAGGUUUGUGGGUUGACCUAGCCCGAUAAAUUUACCUAUACGGAUGGAUAUGGAAGAUUAUGAAAUGAAGAUCUUUUAAACGAUCCAAUUCUGUUACGUUCUUCUACCUCCACGUAAGAGGAGAGAAAGAUGCAAGACUCAAUUCAACUUAAGUCCGAGAUCACGCUGGGCCAGCGAGUCCACUUUGUCGGUGAUCCCCGACGUACUGGAACUGUGGCUUUCGUGGGAACCUUGGAAGGAUAUUCAGGAGCCUGGAUUGGAGUGGACUGGGACGACAACAAUGGCAAGCAUGAUGGCUCCAUCAAUGGAGUUCGAUAUUUCGAGGCGAAGUCAGAACGAUCUGGUUCUUUUGUUCGAGUCCAAAAUCUGAGUUUCGGCAUUUCGCUGCUUCAAGCAUUGGAGCUCAGAUAUAGAGGCGACUCUACCAAAGAAGAAGAGGAUGAAAUGUAUGUGCUCUCAGCUAGUGACAAGCGUGUAUCUAUUCAAUUUGUGGGUAAAGAUAUUAUUAAAGACAAGCUUAGUCGUUUUGAGGAAUUAACUAGUGUAUCCUUGUCUUAUAUGGGUGUGAGCUCUCUUGGAAACCCAUGUCAAAUUGGCUCUGUGUUGCCAAAUCUAAAGCAGCUUGACUUAACUGGAAAUUUGCUAUCAGAUUGGAAGGAUAUUAGCAUCAUUUGUGACCAGCUACAAGCUCUUACAUCCCUCAUCUUAUCAAACAACUUAUUGUCACGUGAUAUCUCUGGGCCCCUACAACUGAAACACAUUCGUAUUUUAGUUCUAAACAAUACUGGCAUAAUUUGGAUGCAGGUUGAAAUACUUAAGCAAUCACUGCCAGCAAUUGAAGAACUACAUCUGAUGGGAAAUAAUAUAAGCGCAAUAACGCCUGUGUCAUCCCCUAUGGUCCAAGGAUUUAAUCUUCUGCGACUUUUGAAUCUUGAAAAUAACCGUAUAGCUGAAUGGAAUGAAAUCUUGAAACUUUGUCAAUUAAGAAGCUUGGAGCAGAUUCAGUUGAAUAACAACAAAUUGAGCCGUAUAUUUUAUCCUUGCUUGUAUGAAUUGAACGAGUUAUUUGGAGGUGUUGAAUCACCGGGAGACAAUUUUCCAUUCCAAAAUUUGCGAUGCCUCCUUCUUGGAGGCAACAACAUCGAGGAUUUUGCCUCCAUCGACUGUUUAAACUCAUUCCCUCAGUUGAUUGACAUCAGGCUCUCAGAGAAUCUAAUAGCUGAUCCUGGAAGGGGUGGGAUUCCCAGAUAUGUUUUAAUUGCACGAUUGUCUAAAGUUCAAAUAAUAAAUGGGAGUGAGGUAACUCCUCGUGAAAGAAGAGACUCUGAAAUACGCUACGUACGCAUGGUUAUGUCAAAGUUGGAUAGCAAUCCUGAGGAAACAUUAAGGCUACAUCCUAGGUUUGAAGAGCUUAAGAGUUUUCAUGGGAUUGAAGAUAACAGAUUGUCAGUCGGACCUGCUGGACCCCAGAAACUGGCUUCUGGCCUCAUAUCAAUCACUCUAAAGUGCGUGGGAGCAUCAAUUGGUGAGAAGCCACCAUUGACAAAGAAAUUACCACCCACUACUUCAGUUGGCAAGUUAAAGAUGCUUUGUGAAAGCUUUUUCAAACUGAAAUGUAUCAAGCUUAAGUUGUAUCUUCAAGAACAGGAUUCGCCCGUGCCGAUACCACUCGAGGAUGAUAUGGCGUCUCUUAUGGAUCUCGGCGUUGGCAAUGAGUCUAACAUUCUUGUGGAUGAAGAGAGUUGAAAGAAAUAAACCAAAAGCUUUCUCGAUUUUAAAUUUAAAUUUUCUCUAUUACCAUGAUUCCCUCUAGCUCCCCCAGUGUAACUAACUAUAUUCUUUUGUUUUUUUUUUUUUUUUUUUUAACUAUAUGCCAGUGUAACAAAUGGCAUCGCUUGACAAUUUGUUUUUAUGUAUUCAUUUUCUAAUUAUAAUUUUUUGUUUUAUGUUAAA